AUGCCACUCCCCACUCCAAACGCUCCUACUAGCUUGGAAGACCUCACCAAUCUUCUCAAAGAUGACAACAAGGUCAAAGUUGCUGGAGUGGACGUAGAUGGGGUUUUGAGAGGGAAAAUCAUGUCAAAAUCAAAAUUCUUAUCUGCUGUCAAAUCAGAAGGCUUUGGUUUCUGUUCCGUCGUCUUCGGUUGGGAUAUCCUCGAUACACCUUAUCCACGCGAAUUACUAGUCGCUAAUAGAGCAAACGGUUAUCGUGACUUGACAGCCAUUAUAGAUCUCUCUACUUAUCGUCGAUUGCCAUGGGAGAAAAACAUUCCUUUCUUCUUAUGUUCUUUCAUUGAUCCUGAUUCGGGUAAACCGCUAUUUGUGGAUCCUAGGAGUGUGUUGAAGAAUGUUGUGAAAGAAGGUGAAGAUUUAGGAUAUACAUGUAUGGCAGGCGCGGAAUUUGAGUACUUCCAAUUUGCUGAGACACCACAAAGUUUGGAAGAGAAGAAAUAUACCAAUCUCACUCCUCUCACACCUGGCAUGCAUGGUUAUAGUCUCCUACGACCGACUAGAAAUCUAGAAUACUUUCAUGACCUUUACGAUGUCGCUGAAAAAUUUGGUAUAGAAGUAGAAGGCCAUCACACCGAAACAGGCCCAGGAGUUUACGAAACCGCCCUUGCGUAUACUGAGGCCGGUCGGAUGGCAGAUAACGCCUGUUUGUUCAAACUUAUGGCUAAGAGCGUCGGCAUGAAAUAUGGCAUCAUGCCUUCUUUCAUGGCUAAACCAUGGGGUGAUCUACCUGGUUGCUCAGGACAUAUACACGUCUCACUUCGAGAUGAUACUGGUCGCAAUGUGUUCUCAGUGAGCGAAGAGGAGUACAAAGCGGGAGGCAGAAAAGAUGCCAUGUUUAAAGACACUCGCCUUCUGUCUCAAGAAGGGGAGUGGUUUUUAGCUGGUUUGCUAGCCGGUCUUGCGGAUGUCAUCCCCCUAUUAUGUCCGACGAUAAACUCUUACAAACGUUUGCUGGGUGGAGAGGCUAUGUGGGCUCCGGACACUGCUUCGUACGGAUACGAAUCUCGUGCAGCGUCGAUCCGAUUGAUUGGACCACCUGGGAACUCUAGCUCCGCUACGAGAUUUGAAGUUCGUGUGCCCGGAGCGGAUAUGAACCCUUACUUCGCUCUCUCGGCAAUCUUCGCCCUUGGUCUUCGGGGUAUACGCAAGCGUCUUCCUUUACCAUAUGGUCCUAUCGGCUCGCCAGGGGUGACAAGAGAUACAUUGGUCAAACUUCCUAGUUCCCUCGAAAGCGCUACUCAGGCUUUUAAAGCUGAAAGUAGUGUGGCGAGGGAGAUCUUAGGAGAUGAGUUUGUGGAUCAUUUUGCGGGAACGAGGGAACAUGAAGUGGAAGUUUAUAGGAGGGCGGUGACUACGUGGGAGGUGGAACGGUAUUUGGAGCUGGUUUGA